UUUCCUACCUUUUAAAAAUACAAAUAUGUUUUCCUUGCUAGGGAUGUGUCAGAUGUGACAGGUGCUCCUGAGAUGUUAGGAGGAAGGGUGAAGACCCUCCAUCCUGCUGUUCACGGAGGUAUCCUUGCAAGAGUAACAGAAGGAGAUAAAUCUGAUAUGCAAAAGUUAGGCUAUGAGUAUAUCAGACUUGUAGUGUGUAAUUUGUAUCCUUUUGUGAAAACUAUCGCCAAAGAAGACUGCACUGUGGCAGAUGCUGUCGAAGAAAUUGACAUUGGUGGUGUUACCCUUUUGAGAGCUGCAGCUAAGAACCAUGCACGUGUCACUGUAAUCUGUGAUCCUUCUGAUUAUGAAAGAGUAGUGCAUGAAAUGACCUCCAAUGCAAACCAUGAUACCUUACUAGACACAAGAAAAAUGCUUGCAUUGAAGGCCUUCAGUCAUACAGCAAAGUAUGAUGAAGCCAUUUCAGAUUACUUCAGGAAACAGUACAGUCAUGGAGUAUCACACAUUCCUCUUCGUUAUGGUAUGAAUCCUCAUCAAAAACCAGCCCAGCUUUUCACAACAGAACCCAAGCUUCCAGUCAAUGUCCUGAAUGGAUCCCCAGGGUUUAUCAACCUCUGUGAUGCUUUUAAUUCGUGGCAACUUGUCAGGGAGUUACGCCAAUCCCUUAACUUGCCAGCUGCAGCAUCCUUUAAACAUGUGAGUCCUGCUGGGGCAGCUGUAGGUGUUCCACUUACUGUGGAAGAGGCCAAACUUUGUAUGGUGGAGGAUAUGAUUGAUAGUUUGACACCGUUGGCCACAGCUUAUGCCAGAGCCAGAGGAGCAGAUAGGAUGUCAUCAUUUGGUGACUGGGUGGCACUUUCUGACAUCUGUGACCUUCCUACAGCAAAAAUUAUUUCAAGAGAGGUUUCAGAUGGUAUCAUUGCUCCAGGUUUUGAUCCAAGUGCACUAGAGGUUUUGAAAAAGAAAAAAGGAGGGAAAUACUGUAUUCUUGAGAUGGAUCCUGCGUUUGAACCUCACAAUGUGGAGACCAGAACCCUUUUUGGGCUUAAACUUGAACAACAGAGAAACAAUGCUAGGAUUGAUGAGAGUGUCUUCAAAAACAUUGUGACCAAGAGACAAGAUUUACCAGAGAGUGCCUUACGUGACUUGAUAGUAGCAAGUAUUGCCUUGAAGUACACUCAGUCUAAUUCAGUAUGUUAUGCCAAGAAUGGUCAGGUGAUUGGCAUAGGUGCGGGACAACAAUCUCGUAUUCACUGUACCAGACUGGCAGGUGACAAAGCAAACAAUUGGUGGCUUCGUCAACAUCCCAGAGUGCUUGGCAUGGUUUUCAAAAAGGUGAAUGUUGAUUAAAUCCAUAUUGACAUUUAAAGACUUGGUAGUAAUUUCUAGUAGUAUGGGAGGUACAGUUUGUAACGUGUUAGUACUUGAAUGUGGAGUUAUUUUUUUAUUCUUUAUAGUGUGUAUCUCUUGUGAAGAGAACAUAAUCUUUGCAAUCUGGUGUAAUCACAAGGGCAUUAGUAACCCUCACAUAUGUAUCCAGGCUGUUAUCAUUGACAACAUUUAGGGUACUAGCAAUUACCCUUUUUUUCCUUUCAAUGUAUUUCCAAAUAUCAAUAACUGCAUCCAAGAAUUUACUUUUCUUGUUGGAGUAAGAUUUUAUUUGCCCCGUCUUUUUUUCUUGUAAACCCCCUGAGAAAUAUUCAAAAUAUGAAACGAUGCAGAUAGAGCAAGCCCAUCAGAAGUGACUUUUGCAGCUCCCCUUUUUGUGGGGGAGGGGUGGAUAUAAAAUAGAAUGGUGCUAAGAGCACAAUGAUAAUUCCAUGGUGCAAUCGCAAUAAGUUUAUGUAUACACAUAUACUCAUACCAUUUAUUUCCACAAUAGCCUGACAGUCCUUCUCAUGAUUCCCACCUAAUUUCAGCGCACAGAGUCAAUUAACAAAUGGUAAACGCCAUAGCGUGUACUAUUGAGUUAUGGAUGCA